AUGCGAGGAUUCGGACUGCGACGAGGUGUCAAGAUCGUCAUUGUCACCCUCGGACUGACAGUAGUCGCCAUUCUUCUGGCCGUGUUGGAAGACAAAUGCGAGACUUAUGAUCCAUGGUCCUUCUUCCUGGACUCCUUGCCAUGGUCAGAAAAGAGCCCCUUUGACGACGUCGUCAAUCCUGUCCAGCAUCAAGGCAUCAUCGUUGUUCCCACGCUGCAUCCCGACGAGGUUUCUUGGAUCGCCGACGAACUUCCAGAAUGGCAAUCCGCAAUCUACUAUUUCGACUCACCCUCCAACAACAGCAACAAUCAUUCCGAACCGGAUCUCGAACGACUGACAACACCAGCCAACAAAGGAAACGAAGCCAUGACAUAUCUCACUUACAUCAUUGAACACUACCACCAACCGAUUCCCGAAGUCGUCGUCUUUGUGCAUUCACACCGCGACGGCUUCUUUCGGGCCUGGCACGUCGACACGGCUCUGCACAGUAACGUCGACUCCAUCCGACAUCUGCGUGUGGACCACGUGCUGAAGACCGGCUACGUCAAUCUGCGAUGCAACCGCAACCCGGGCUGCAUGAAACUCGAGAAACGCAACUCCCACGUGACGGGACAGGUCUGGAAGGAAAUCUUCGCCAACACGUCCACGCCCGCAUUCAGCUCGGAUCCCGAAGGACCGGCGGCGGUCUCGAGUUUUCACGAGUCUCGGUACGAGUAUCCUUCGAUGGACGCUGCGGACAGCCUUGAAUCCGACUUCAUCGACAUCAAAAGUCCCUGCUGUGCUCAAUUCGCGGUUUCAGCCAAGCAGAUUUAUCAGCGCCCUCUGAAUGAUUAUCUCAACAUUCGACAGUGGUUGCUCGACACCACCUUAGAUAAUGCACAUAGCGGGAGAGUGAUGGAAUUUCUCUGGCAUGUGAUUUUUGGCAGAGAGGCCGUUCAGUGA